UUAUAAGUCAAUUUAUAUCUCUUGAACCAACUUAAUACUAACAUCACAUACAGUUAUUACAAUGGCGUUCAGUUUAGCCGCUUUUUCAUAUAUUGUGGCUUUAAUUAUAGAUGCUUUUUUAAUAAUAUUUGCAAUAUUUCACGUAAUUGCAUUUGAUGAAUUAAAAACUGGCUAUAAAAAUCCGAUAGAACAAUGCAAUAGCUUAAAUUCGCUAGUUAUUCCAGAAUAUGGACUACAUAUUUUAAUCAAUAUUUUAUUUUUAAUUAGUAGUCAAUGGUUUUCAUUGCUUCUAAAUAUUCCAUUGAUAAUGUAUCAUUUAUGGCAAUAUUAUCAUAGACCUAUCAUGUCUAAGCCAGGUCUUUAUGAUCCCACUAGUAUAAUGAGUGCUCAAGCUCUUAAAAUUCAUCAAAGAGAAGGAUGGAGUAAACUUACAUUUUACCUUUUAUCAUUUUUCUAUUACUUAUAUGGUAUGAUUAGUUCAUUGAUUCACUGAGGGAUGGGAAACAUUUUUUACUAUUUGUCAUUAAAGUACAUUUAUAAUAUAUCUUUUGUCUUUAAUGCUCCAUCAGGGUUAUUGUUUUGUUGGAUAAAAUGUCAAACUUGUUAAAACAUGUUAUAAUUUUUGUAAAAAUAAAAUUUCUACUCGAAAAAUGA